UUUCCAUGCUCCUUGUUCAUUUUACAUGGAACUUGCGUGAAAUGGAAAAUUGUAACACUGUCAUUUUUCUAUUUCCAGUGUGGGAGAGUUUUGGCGGGAUGUUUAAGUAUGAACAUAAAUCGUAGUUUUGACUUUUUCUCGUUGGAAAAAUGAAUACUACCCUCACAAGUUUUACAGACGUUCUAGUUGAUGAAAUAUGCAACUCCCAACCGCUGUCCUUGUCCUCGACUAUUGAAAACAGUCAGAUCAAUGUUGACAAUAAUAACACGAAUUUCGUGGACGAAAGAGUGGUAGACCGUCCGCCUAAAGGUACUGGACAACGUGGACAGUUUCGGAGCAUAGAAGAAAUUGAUCUGAAAUACCGAGACGUGUUUUCGUACCCAUAUUUCAACUUAGUACAAUCAAGUGUUAUUGAGGACGCGUUAUAUUCAGAUAAAUCCAUAGUAGUUUGUGCGCCAACUGGUUCAGGGAAGACGGUUAUAUUUGAAAUGGCUGUUGUCCAGUUAUUGAUGGAGUUGGAGAACAAACAGUACACUGAUGAUUUCAAAAUCAUUUAUAUGGCACCAGUGAAAGCGUUAUGUACAGAAAGACUGACGGAAUGGUAUUCAAAGUUCACGAAACUUGGUCUUUUAUGCAUCGAAGUAACAGGAGACACUGAUGUGGACUUCACUCAGUUGAAGCCAUACAAGGUUAUAAUAACGACUCCAGAGAAAUGGGACAUGUUGACACGCCGGUGGCGCGACCACCGAGGUCUGGUGGAAGUCAUCAAGUUGUUCCUCAUCGAUGAGGUGCAUAUACUCAAUGAUGAGACUAGAGGACCUGUCCUGGAAGCCGUGGUCAGCAGGAUGAAGACUAUUGAAAAUUCAGCCCAAUCGGUCCACCGCAUAGAACAACUGCAGAAAGAAAUGCAAGGUCAGACCAUUUCCUACAAGUCGGCUCCAAGGAUCAGGUUCGUAGCUGUCUCGGCUACUGUCAGCAAUCCCGAAGACGUUGCAAACUGGCUGGGAACUAGUGAUAAACCUGCUGUGUUUUAUAAGUUUGGCGAUGAAUGUCGUCCCGUGAAACUAAAACGCAUAGUCGAAGGGUACCCGUGUUCUGAAGGCACCAGCAUAUUCAAGUUUGACAUUAUCCUCAACUACAAGCUGUGGCCGGUUAUCCAAAAAUACCAUUCUGGGAAGCCUACUUUGAUAUUCUGCAACACUCGCAAGAGCGUUAUAUUGACGGCAGAAACUUUGUCUCGGGAGCUCACAAUUAGCUUCAACGCGGAACAAAAAGCGAAGUUAACUGCAUUAGCUUCUACUAUUAAGAAUAAGAAAUUGCAGGCUUUAGUAAUGAGCGGCGUAGGCUGUCAUCAUGCCGGCCUGUUGUAUGAGGAAAGGCAGAACAUUGAGCUCGCCUUCAGGAAUAGAGAUUUACCCAUAUUGAUUACUACAACUACAUUGGCAAUGGGUGUCAAUUUACCUGCACACCUUGUGAUCGUGAAAAAUACACAGCAAUAUGUUAAUGGCGCAUAUCAGGAAUACAGCAUAAGCACAGUACUACAGAUGGUGGGACGCGCAGGAAGGCCGCAGUUCGACACUGAAGCCACAGCGGUUAUCAUGACCCGACUGGUCGACAAGCCCCGUUAUCAGGCCCUGGUGGGAGGAUGUGAGCCAUUGCAAAGUUUCCUUCACAAGCGUCUGCCAGAAAACCUGAACAGUGAGGCAGCUUUGGGAACUGUCGGCGAUGUCGCUCAGUGCGUGCAAUGGCUACGUUCCACAUUUUUGUACGUACGCGCUGCUCGGGAUCCAAAGAAGUACCUAGGCUUACCACAAAACUCACCACAACAUCUUAUCUCCAAGAAAAUCGAGGAGUUGUGUGUAAAAGCUAUGAACGGCUUGGCUUCUUCAGGCCUUAUAACGAUGGAUGAGGCUAGUUGUAUCGAGUCAACUGAGGCUGGUCGACUGAUGUCAAUAUUUUAUUUGGAUUUGGAGACCAUGAAGCUCAUUAUGAAGAUCGAAGGCACGGAAUCUCUAGACCGUCUUCUGACCCUCAUAUGUGAGAGCCACGAGUUAGCUGACAUGCAUCUCCGAGUAGACGAGCGACGAUGUUUGAACACCCUCAAUAGGAACAACGCUGCGGCGACCAUUCGUUACCCGAUGAAGGGCAAGAUUAGCACAAGACAGAUGAAGCUUAAUUGCAUCAUCCAGGCUGUUUUGGGAUGUCUACCGAUCCCCGAUCCGUCUUUGAAUCAAGAAGCUAUGAAAAUAAUGAGAAUCGCUGACAGGAUUUGCAAAUGUGUAGUAACAUACGUCACCCGUCCAGACUUGAUAGUUCAACAACCACAAUUCUACUCCGCUAUACUAAACUCGAUACUUCUUGCGAAGUGCGUGGCAGCACAUCUAUGGGAGAACUCCCCUUAUGUCAGCAAGCAACUGAAGGGCAUAGGGCCAACCUUCAGCACAUUGCUGGCUUCGGCUGGCAAAGUUAACUUUAUGCUGCUGGAAGAAAGUCAUCCGAGGGAUUUGGAAAGGAUAAUGAACAAAGGAGCUCCGGCAGGCAAUGUCUUACGCAAACAAGUGAGUCUUCUCCCAAAAUACCAGCUGACAAUGAUACCAGUAGACGAGCAGACAGUUACCGUACAACUGGUCCUGCUAAACCAGUCAUAUUUGUCUGAAAAUAUGGCCAACUUAACCGCUGGAGAUACCCAUAAGAGUUACAUUAUUGUGGGUGAUUCUAAUAAUCAUCUUCUGCUUUUGACAGCGUUCAAGGACAAGGAUUUAAUAAGUGUCUACGGUGGAACCAUAACACAUGAAAUACGACGAAAACAUAAUUUCGAACAUAAAAUAAUAGCUCACUGCAUCAGUUCUACUUUUGUGGGUAUCGACGUACAAUCAGAAUAUUUAUUUAACGAUUUAGAACCGUUUUUUGGUGCACCGUGUACAAAGACUCCUAGAAACGAUUUCCAAGUCAAAAAUAAAGCUGAAAAGCAAACAUGUAUCACAGAUACGUUUAAAGAACGGAAAAGAAAGAAUACAGAUCCUAUAGCACAGUCAAAAGAAAAGAAGAAACGGGAGACAGCUUUGAUUGAGAAUUUUAAAUCCUUGAAAAAAUCUUUUGAAUCAGCUUCUAAGAAUGGCAACUUAAGUGUGCGUCAACAAAAUAAUGUGCAUGGGGAUGUAGAUGGUCCUUCAAAUACUAACAGAAACAAUACUUUGGGUCAUAUAGAUACAAUGCUGGUGAAUAAUAAUGCAAUUAAUGUAAUUGGUAACGAUAAAGUAUGUAUUGAAGAUAUGGAUAGCGACGAGUUUAUAGAUGACGAGAAGAUUGAUAGUAUUCUCAAUGAAAUCGAAAGUGAAAUGAGCAAGAAUAAAAUAAGCAAACCAAAGACAACUUUAAAUAAUACUAACACAUACUUCCGUGAAAAGAAUUACAAAGAAAACCCUUUUGCAGUACAGCAUAAUUUAGACUCCUCUAGUAUCCAAUCGAAUUAUAACGCAACUCCAAAAGUCAGUAGCUACAAAACGGUCUCUAUACCACGAAAACGCAAACCCACGACCACAAAAUCAAAUUAUAAUUUUAUCGAUUUACUAGAAAGGAAUUUAAGUUUAAGUGACGAAGAAGAUAAAAUUGAAGCCCCAAAACAAGACAACGGCUUCUCUGAUGCAAUAAAAAGUCAAAUAAGCAAAUACUUGUCGAAAACCAAACCAGUAGUUCCUGAUAGAAACUUAGAAAUGUUAUUGGAUAAUCCUCAGAUUACAGUACCAAGUGAUAACCAAAAUCCCAUAAACGUUGUAGACAAACCGAUCGACCAGGAUUGCGUAUCGGAUCAUAGCCCUUAUCCAAAAUAUGAAAUUGUAGAAAUAUUGGGUGACAAAGAUCCAGUUAAACAACAUGAAAAUAUACAGCAUGCUUCAUAUAGCAAGAAUCAUACGGACAAUCUCGAUCACCAGGUAUGCGAAAUAAUGGAUCUAAAUACUAUAAACACAAAUAAUGUCAUCGACUUGACUCAUGUUGGACCAAAUACCAUGAAGACUGCAACUUUACAAAAUAUAAACAACGUAAUAACAAACAACGAAGAUUCUAAAAAUAAUAGUAUUAAGUCCCUUGACGUGAUUGAUACUCAUGGCGUACAAACUUCUACUAGAAUUAUAAAUGAAGAGAAUUUUGCCAACAAUCGAUUGUACAUAGAGGAUAGUGGUUCUGAAAAUGACAGCAACAAAGAAGAUAGUGAGAAAGUAGCAAAGACAGAAACAAAUUCAAUAACCAUUGCGAGAGAAAUUGGUGAUAAAUCUAAUAGAAAUAAUUCUGAGAGUAAUGUUAAUAACCAAAUUGAAAGAAUAGACUCCAUGCAAAGUAAUAAUAACCCCAACUAUGUUUUACUGGACAACAAAGAAUUUCGUAGUCUUUACGAAUCGACAAAGACAGAUAAUUCAACAAUAAAGCCCUGCUUAGAAAUAGUUCCAAGGGACAGACAACACCUACUUCAAACUAACACUUAUAGUGAUGCUACGACGACGGAAGGUGUCGAUCGUAGAAUAGGCCUUAAAGCGCUACAAUUUCAUGAAAACACGCAAAAUAUACCUGUACCUUACUCGAAUUCUUCCUCUGACUUAAUUAAUCCACAAACUAUUUCUGGAAAUACACCAAACGUCAUAGAAAUAGAUAAACAUAGAACAGAAUAUGUUAAGAGAUACACUUAUUCCGCCAGUAAAGUUGACGUUUGUACGAAACAAACUCCUGAAUACUGCGUGCAACUAAUUAGGAAAGUGAAAAUGGACCUCGAUGUAACAGCAAUAGUGUCUCGCAAAAUGAAUUAUUUUCAAAAUAAUGAACCAGAUAAUGAAGAACAUAUAAAUAAAGAAGAAUUGAAUCAUAUGAGACGUCCGAAUUAUGGAACUGGCUUUCAGUAUGUUACUCGAGAUCACAAUAACAUGAUAACUAACAGCAGUAAAGUAGAUUUUCCUGUAGCAACAGUUUCUGGAUUUAAUAAUUAUAUCGUUGAAAAUGCAGCCAGUCCACCCUCUCAAGCUAUUGAUGCUAACUCAAGUGUUGUUUUCGAAGAUAAUUAUAGAAAUUGUCCUAACAGCUGUAAAAAUGACGGAAUGGUUAUUCCUGAAAUUGAGGAUGUAUUAGAAGAAAAGGAAAUUAUUCAUAGAAAUAAUGAAGAUGUGCCUCAAAAUGUUGAGCCGGUAGAGAUUGGAAAUGGACCAGUCAAAGAAGACAGAACAGUCAAAAAUAUACUACAAAAGUACAAAAAAAUAUUGGAAAAAAAUACAGCCAAACCUGUAACACCAAGUUGUUCGAGUAUUAAUCCUACUGUCAAGCGCCAAGUCUCACCUACCAAGAAAUCUGCAAAACCGUUUAAAAUAACUGACAUACAUAAAUUACACGCAACAAUACCAGAAACUAUAGUGGAACAUAAACCCGAUGUACUUAAAGACAUCACACAAAUAAGAAAAAAUAUCAAUUUUGAUGAAACGCGAAUUAAAAAUGAUAAUUUCAUUCCAAUUCCGUUCACACAAUACUCAUACAGAGCUGAUGUGGAGGCAGUUGAAGAUAUUUCUCAAAAUGAGUUUGUGCAUGAUUUAGACAUUGAGCCAAUCAAUUUGCCUGAUAAUGUUGACCUAGAGCCGUCAAACGAUUUCAAAUUGGAUCAAUCCAUGUUGGACCCGAAAACUGUUCUACAAUACGUGGCUGAUGAUGACGAUGCUGAAAUAGUUCCACCGCCUGCAGAGUUCUGUGACAGGGUGACUUUCUCACCUGAUUACACUCUUGACUCUUCGAUGGAUGAAAAUGCAGAUGAAACAUUUCGUAACGCAGACACCGAAUACAAUGAUAGCAUAUUUGAUGACGCCUGUGCUACAGAUCUUACUCCUUCCAAGGAAAUAGAAACAUGGAACUUAUCUCGAGAAGAAACUUGGGAGCGCCUUAAUCCAGUGAAGUUUGGUCCUGCAAAAUCGUUCACAGUGAUGCACAAAAAUACUAGCAAUGAUUAUAUUUUGCAGAAUACUACAAUUCCAAGGAAAGUUAGACUUGGACAAUUUAAAUUCAGUCAAAAAAAUAAAUUUAAAAUAAGAAAGUGAAUGGUAGCAAAUGUACAUAAUGUAGUAAGAUUUUAGAUAAUUAAAAACAAGAACUAAUA